UGCGCGUUAGUGUAGCGUUGCUGUAGCGUUAGUACGAAAUUUUGCUUUGUGUUGUCCCGUAAUAUUUGAUAUGACAGCCGAUCGGCCUUUUACAGUGCGCUUUGCAGACUGCUGAAACCGUAGUGAUGGAUGACAGCAGUGCUUGGGACGACCCCGAAGGUGACGAUCUCAUCGCAAAACUUCAGUGUGACGGUGCCCCCGACCCAAGACCUCCUCUUUAUAAGUAUCGAAAUGGUCGGAUUUACGUGUCGGAUUUGUCCAGUCAAAUGUACUGCGAGCAGAAACUAUUGUACUCGCUCAUCGGAGUACCUCGUUUGAAGGAAAUGGGCUACGACGUUGAAGAAGGUGAGAGCCCGCAAGUCACUCGUGGUUCAGAUAUCCACAUGGCAAGGCAGCUUGAAGUUCAAGAUGUGGUUACGGUGGACACAGAGACGCGCGAGGAUAACAUUGCCGUCCUAUUCCUGAAUUUACUGCAAUCUGUUCGCUCUUUGCUGUGUGGUGAACCUAUUGCCAGAGAAGUGCCCGUGUUUGGAAGAGCCUUUGGCGGCGACAUCUUUGUCAACGGAGUCGUAGAUGAACUGCGUUGCGAUAGAGAUACACUUCAAGUCGACAUCGUUGAAUUGAAAACGAUAAGGAGCACCAGACUGCCAAGCACACCGGUUCGCCGCUCGCAUCGGUUACAAGUCAUGUUGUACCACCAUCUGUUGAGUAACCUUGUUCAAGGAAAGGUGGACGUGAACGACAUUGAAAAAGGCUUUCGGGUGACUCUGGAUGUGCAGUUGAGCUCUGUGGUGCUUGAGCUAUUGCCGCUGGAUGAGCGGCAUAUGAACACCUUGCGUCAUGUGGUGCCAUUCGUAUUGAGUGCUGUUCAAGCGUUGCCUCUCCCCAGCCAAUUGCUUGUGGAGUAUUUCAGUCAGGAAACCAACAACACGCUGUGUUUUGAAGGUGUCGAGUAUGAUCAGAAGUGGUUGAUGGGCACUCUGCAGAUGUUGUUUCCAUUCUGGACUGGCGAGAGGCCUGCGGAAGGAGUUCAUGACAUUGAAGAUGCAUGGAAGUGUAAAUGUUGCCCAUUUCAAAAUAUAUGUGAAUGGCGUCAGGCCAAAGAGGCCGAAUGCAUUAAGCGCAACUCAAGAUGCUUUGUGCAAACAAAAUGAAAUGGUUGCAGCUGCA